GCUCCGGGAGAACCGGGGGGGCAGAUCGGAGGAGCGGACCCGAGCCACCGCGGGGCUGCUCAGCUGCGCUCACACCCGCCCACUGGUGCCUCCUCCGGGCUUCUCUCCACCGCGCCUCGGCUCUUCCCCGAGAACCAUGGUGGCUAAGAGCAGGAAACAGACCGGGAGGAGUCCGGCGACCCCGGCGGACCGCGACAGGAACCCGCUCGCGUCGCCCCCCGGUAAAAGCGGCGGCAGGCGGCCGGGCAGGGAGGGCAAAGCGGGCUCUCACCCCAACGGGCUCUCCGGCAUCGGACACAAGCUGGGGCUGAGUCCCUCGGCGCUGGGGCGGCUGGGGAUCACCCUGCUCCUCGCUGCUCUGUCUGGGUUCCUGCACUGGCACCAUCUGUCUCAGCUGUUUGAGAAUGACAGACACUUCUCACACCUGUCAAACCUGGAGAAGGAGAUGGCCUUCAGGACUGAGAUGGGUUUGUACUAUUCCUAUUAUAAGACCAUCAUCGAGGCUCCCUCCUUCCUGGACGGUCUCCACCUGGUCAUGAACGAUCGGCUGACAGAGCACCCCCUGGUUAUCAACACACUGCAGAGAUUUAAUCUCUACCCAGAGGUGGUCCUGGCCAGCUGGUACCGCAUGUACACCGGUGUAAUGGGCUACUUUGGGAUUCCCACUAAGAUGUGCUGGUCCAUCAACAGAGGAGAAGGACUCACGCCCGUGGAUAGUUGUGAAGGAAUGGGCGAUCCAACGUAUUUCUACGUGGCGUGUGUGUUCGUGCUGAACGGCCUGAUGAUGAGCCUCUUCUUCGUUUACGGCGCCUACCUCAGUGGCAGUCGGCUGGGCGGCGUCGUUACCACCGUGUGUUUCUUCUUCAAUCACGGCGAAAGCACUCGUGUGAUGUGGACUCCGCCGCUGAGGGAGAGUUUCGCCUACCCCUUCUUAGUCCUGCAGAUGCUUCUCCUCACCUACAUCCUACGGACCCGGAACCUGAGCCGGGCGGCCCUGGUCGCUCUAGGCGUCUCCAAUGUGUGCUUCAUGCUGCCCUGGCAGUUUGCCCAGUUUGUGCUGCUCACCCAGGUGGCUUCUCUGUUUGCCUCAUACAUCCUGGGCUACCUGGGUCCCACCAAGAUGCAAUCCAUCCUGGUCACUCACAUGAUCACACUCGGCGUCUGCUUUAUCCUGAUGUUCGGUAACUCCAUGCUGCUCACAUCCUUCUACGCCUCCUCACUCGUCUCCAUCUGGGCCAUCAUUGCACUGAGGGAUCAAUUCGCUAAGGUUUUCAAACCUGGCAUCAUCAUCUGGGUCAUGCAGGGUCUGGCGUGGGUCGGCUCCACAGUUCUGCUCAAAUUCAUGUUGUCCACAAUCCUCGGUGUGUCUGACGACGCUCACAUCAGUGGACUGAUCAAGUCUAAGUUCACCAGCUACAAGGACUUCCACACCCUGAUGUACACGUGUGCUGCAGAAUUUGACUUCAUGGAGUUGGAGACGCCUCUUCGUUACCUCAAGACGUUCCUGCUUCCCCUCAACAUGCUGGUGGUUGCUCUCAUUGCCGGGAGGACGUUCCAGGAUGUCGUCCGGUUCCUGAGGGGCGGGGGGGGGAAGGCGUCUGGCAAGAGCGACGAUGAUGACGAAGCUGCAGGGUCUGAAAUUGCUGCAAAAGGAGAGCUGGUGUACCACAGUCUGCAGCUGCUGGCGUUCGGCGUCCUGGCCGUCCUCAUCAUGCGUCUCAAGCUCUUCCUGACACCUCACAUGUGCAUCAUGGCCUCGCUCAUCUGCUCCAAACAGGUGUUCGGCUGGAUCGGGGAGAGGUUUAAGCACCAGGUCGUGGUGUUUGCUGUCAUGGCUGCCAUGGCCGUACAGGGAGUGGCCAACCUGCAGGCCCAGUGGGGGAUCAUCGGAGAGUUCAGCAACCUGCCGCAGGAGGAGCUGCUGGACUGGAUCCAGGACAACACCCGUCCUGAUUCUGUGUUUGCGGGAGCGAUGCCCACCAUGGCCAGUGUGAAGCUGUCCACAGGCCGUCCCAUCGUCAACCAUCCCCACUAUGAAGACGCUGGUCUGAGGGAAAGAACCAAGCUGGUUUACUCCAUGUACAGCCGCAUGUCCGGAGAAACAGUGAAGAGGAAUCUGAUGCAGCUGGGAGUGGACUUCUUCGUCCUGGAGGAUUCCUGGUGCACCAGGAGAACCAGGCCUGGGUGCAGCAUGCCAGAGAUCUGGGACGUCGAGGAUACUGAAAACGUUGGUAAAGUUCCCCUCUGCACCCACAUCUCCAAGAACUCACGACCCCACUUCACCACAGUGUUUUCCAAUGACAUUUACAAAGUUCUCAAAGUCCCCAAAGUCGCCAAAGAGCUCAGAUAACGCUGUCGGAUGAACUGAUCCAGCUCCAAACUUUUUCUUCCCACCUCUUCUACCCGUCUGUUAGUUAUUUUUUGUCAGUCACUGCUGUUGCCCCCCCACAGUUCCCCUCCUAGCUGUAAGCUGUGAUUCACUGAGCGGUGGACUGAUAACACAAUAUCAAGAUUCGCCUUGUGCUUCUCAGUAUUUGUUUCUGCUGCAGCUUUGUCAUCCAGAGACGUUCCCAUCAUGCUCCCGUUGGUGCCCGAGUAAAAGCCAACAGGUUUUUAAGCUCUUUUGCUUUAGUUCUGUUCACACAUUUAUUUUAAGAGAUGCUGUUCAAACAUCAUUGUUUUGUUUUGUCACUUAAAACAACACUAUGUGACUUUUAUAUAAUUUAAUCAGCCUCUUGAUUCAUUGACUGUGAACACGGAGAAAGUUUCCUCCUUCACUCCCUGAGCGUCUGUUCUGUGUAACUCUGGUGAGUGGGUUCCCUCUCCUGUGAGAAGAACUGACUGAGAGUCACCGCUGCAACCGUCACAAUCAGGUCCAGUAAGUGGAAGAGUGAAGCUGAACUGAGAUCAGUUAAAAACACAGUUCAUCUCCAAUAUUCAGCAGCAAACUUAAAAAACAAGAUGAAUUCUAAGCAGAGUUUUGUGCCGACAAUCCUCUGGUUCAGGAAGCAGAGGAUCAUGGGUAAUAUCCAUCAUUUGGUUUCUCUUCAUCAUCGCUCGGAACCAGAGCCCAGCAGAGUCAGUCACCUCGUCUGGCUGCAGGUGGCGCUGUUGCUCAGUAAAAGUUACCUAGUGUUGCUUUAAGAAAGACCUUGUGUCUCACAGGACCAAUCGAUGAUGUCCACAUACUGUGAAGCAAUACCCUUUGCAAACUUUGACAAAAGCUUCUAUUGUUAUGCACAGUGUUAAACUCUGAAAAGAUUUUCAGUUUCCUUUUAUAAUUUAUUUGUGUGAAUAUUUUUAUGCAAAUUUCAAAAUGUUGAGACGUUUUUUUUUUUCUUCCGAAGCAAACAGUGUUUUAAGAGUCAAGAGAAACAGGUGAAAAUUUGAUUAAAGGUUUUUUUUUGUGGUUCUUAAUUAAGUCAUAAACUGGCAUAAAGAGUUUUUAUGAAAAAGAAAAUCAAGUGGUUUUACGUUCACUCUGUGACAACCUUUUGUAAAUACCCAAACAGCUGUUUUGUACAAUACUGAUGUUUGGCCUUUAAAAGGUUCUUUGUGUUUGUUGAAUUAUUGUUAAUUGCCAAAGGAAGUUUUGUUAUCAAUGGCGGGUAUUAUAUUCUGGGCACUGUAGCAGAUGAACGAUGUGCUUUCUGAGAACCAUCAGUGUGUGAGUUCUGUAACAGCCAAUCCCAAACUACUUUACUGUAGCAGUGACUUGAUGUAAAUGGUAGCAGUUGUUGUCUCCUUCGCUGGUUUGGACUCUGAUAAUGAUUCUUCAGUAUUUUAAGAGAAUAUGGCUUUGUUACCGUUUGACUGGAAGAUGAAUGCUACUCAUGCCUGUGUGUUGAAUAUGAAGCUACAGCCAGAAGGCUAUCAGCUUAGCUUAGCAUAAAGAUAGGCACUGAGGAAACAGUUUGCUUGGAGCUGGCCAAAGGUUUAAAAUGAAACCUCUAAUUCUCACAGAUUUACAUGUUCUAUUUCGUUUGUUUAAUCUGGUUUCACGCAAAUCAAGGUAUUAUCACUGAGAAGCGUAUAAAUACUUCAGAUUCAUUGUGGGCAGAGGCAAUUGCCUCUUUUCUUUCUUUCAUGUGCUCGUAAUCAGGCCUGUCGGGUUUGGACAGAGAAUUUGGGCCCAACCGGCACAGUAGUCAGAGUUUAGCUGUUUUCCUCUGCUGAGCUCACCACACACUGGCUGCAGCUUCAUGUCCAGUGAUAUUAAUGCAGAUGAGAGAUGGACUCAAUCCCAUCAUUUUACUCUAAGCAAGAAAACAAAUGAGCAUAUACAGAAUUUGUCCUCGGUGUGCAGUCUAAAGGUUUCAUCGUGUUGAAAAGAGUAUUUGAAAAUGUCCUUUACUCCCACUUGAGGUCAAAUCAAUGGCUGCAUAGCUGCAUUUUGUAUUGAUGGUUUGUUAUAAUCAGUAUCCCUGAACAAUUUAAAUUGCAGUCACUCGUCUGUAUUUGUUUUUUACCUCUCAUGUGAACUGACUUGUCUUUGCCCUCAAAGCUUGGUGCCAUAUCUCAGAGGGAGAGUAGCAGAUGUGGAGCUUUACAGAACACAGGAUCUUUUUUAUAUCACGACUCCGUGAGGCACUGAGACGUAGUUCCUCGUUUUGGGAAAUAAAACUAAUUUGCCAAGCAUUAGAUAUAAAGAUUGAUAUCACUCAGGCCUGGACAUUAAAAAACGAAGCUGCAGCCAGCAGUGGUGGUAACAUUAGCAUUGUCCUUCACAAUAAAUGGACUAUAUCAGAGUUUAAUUUCUUUAAAAGGUCUUAUGUACGAGUUUGUAACUGGUUGGAAUCAUUUCGGUAUGACACUGUACAGAUGGUUUUAUGGAUUAAGCAUCAUAGUGAGACUUUUAAAACAAAACAAACCCUUAUUCACAUUUCAAAAAGAGCUUCUCAGUGAGCGGCUGAACAAACCAGUUAGUCUUUAGAUGUUGAGCAUUUGAUUUCAGAUCAGUUUCUUUGUGUAAAGCUCAUAUGAGGACUGAUGAUUUGACAGUGUAGAAGUGAUCUUGUGUGUCAAGUGCCCAUUGUUCAGGAGUGGGUCACACUUCCAGAAACACUUUGACGUAAGUAGUUGAUUCCUGUUGUGUUUCAGAUGUUUUUUAUAAUAUUUGUCUAUUUUGUCUGUAUUUUAAAAAAAAUAAAAUAUUUGCAUCAACA